AUGGCUUCUCUGAGGCUGUUGUCCCGUCCCAUCGCGGCUUUGACCUCCUCCGCACCCAGGACUCUCCCUCGCCUGGUCCGAUUUCAAUCCACGUCGAGUAGUUAUGAAAACAUCCUGGUGUCGACCCCUAGACCAGGUGUCGGACUGAUCACGUUAAACCGACCAAGAGCCCUGAACGCCCUGUCCAGCGCCCUCUUCGUCGAACUGAACGAUGCACUCAAGAAGUUUGAUGAUGACAAAGAGAUCGGCGCCAUCGUGCUGACGGGAAGCGACAAGGCGUUCGCAGCCGGCGCGGACAUCAAAGAGAUGGCGCCUCUCACCUUCUCGGAAGCAUAUUCGAACAAUUUCAUCGCAUCAUGGUCCUUCAUGACCACCAUCCGCAAGCCUGUGAUUGCUGCUGUGUCUGGCCAUGCUUUGGGAGGCGGGUGCGAGCUGGCCAUGAUGUGCGAUAUCAUGUACUGCACCAAGACGGCCAACUUCGGUCAACCCGAGAUCAAGCUUGGAACGAUCCCCGGCGCCGGAGGAUCUCAACGACUCACUGCUGCACUCGGCAAGAGUAAAGCCAUGGAACUGAUUCUGACGGGGAACAACUUCAGCGGAGAGGAGGCGGAGAAGCACGGUCUCGCCGCACGAGCAUUCGACGGGGGGAACAAAGAGGUUCUGGAAGGCGCCUUGGACACAGCCGCGAAGAUUGCUAGUUACUCGCGAGUUGCCGUCGUGGCGGCCAAAGAGGUGGUCAACAAAAGUCAAGAUCUGGGCGUCAGAGAAGGCGUCGAGUAUGAACGCCGCAUCUUCCAUUCGCUGUUUGGCAGUCAGGACCAGAAGAUCGGAAUGAAGGCGUUUGCUGAAAAGAAGAAGCCCGAAUGGACUCACUCAUAA